CGAAGAUGUAAAAAAAAUGGAACGCCGAUAUCAAGGUCGACGCAACGUUGCAUUGAUGGCAGGUCAUAUUCGCAUAUGAGGUACAUACAUUUUCAAGGAAAAUGUUGGUGUCUACUGUCGCAAUCCAUCCAUAUAGCAAUACAGAAAACUAGGCAUGGAGGUGAUUCAUCGGAAAGCUAUAAUGUGGAGUGAUCCAGCUAAAAUAACUGCAUUGCUCUUUCUUCCCGUUUCUGCAUAUUCCGUAUCCUCUCAAGUUUUCUACGAAUUUCCACCUUCUGCUGGGAACGUGUCAUCCCUUGAAUCGCUCUAUGCAUUGAACUGCUCCACACCAUUAUGCUUCUUCAACGCCAGCAACAACUUCAGUCUCAACAGUACAGACCCUGAAGGAAAUUUAAAGGAUCCCAUCACAGAUGUAAUUGUUAUGGGCGUUUUAUCAAUAGUACUAGGGCUGAUGAUACUUGUUACAGUUAUCGGUAACGUGUUUGUUAUAGCGGCCAUUCUUCUCGAGAGGAAUCUCCAGAACGUAGCGAACUACUUAAUUGUCUCCCUUGCUGUUGCGGAUUUGAUGGUAGCAUGCUUAGUUAUGCCAUUGGGUGCAGUUUAUGCGAUCAGCAAUAACUGGAUCAUGGGGCCAGAGCUGUGCGAUAUGUGGACUUCUAUAGAUGUUCUCUGUUGUACUGCUUCGAUUUUACAUUUAGUAGCAAUAGCCAUCGACAGGUACUGGGCGGUAACAAACGUCGACUACAUCCACACAAGAAACGGAAGUAGAAUUGGAAUAAUGAUCGUAAUUGUGUGGAUUAUUGCUCUCGUUGUGUCUUUGGCUCCACAAAUACCUCAGUUUAAAGACACCGACUAUUUGUACAGGAUAGAAGUUAAAAAACAAUGUUUAGUUAGUCAAGAUGUUAAAUAUCAAAUUUUUGCUACUAGUUCAACGUUUUACGUUCCUCUUCUGGUAAUAUUUGCAUUAUAUUGGAAAAUUUUUCAAACGGCACGAAAGCGGAUUCGAAGAAGGAGAAAUAUGAAGGACUACAACGACAAAGUGGGAAAAACGAACAACAACAGUAGAUUAUCAAAAACUUUCCUACGGGUGAAACGUUAUUCAGGGAAACAGUCUUUCGCCGCCGAGGCAUUAGUUAACUCGUUAGUAUUAAUGGAAGGCCAAUCAACUACGACGAUGGAAAUAAUUGAAGACCAGGAAGAACACGUCAACAGGAAUGCGGAUAUGGAAGAAGAAACAACAGCGUUUACGAUAACUAAACCAACGACCGCCAUUGGCAAGAUACAGAAUUUGGCUGUGCUGAUUUCGAACAAUUGUUCACCGGAAAAAUCAGCAACGAACAAUGGAUCGGCAAGCGCACAAAGCCCCAUAGGCGAUACAAAUAUGUGCUUAUUUGAAUUUCAGGUUGAAAAUCUGCAUAAAGAUAAACAAGAAACCAAGGUCACGUCUUUGCAAUGCACCAGAAGCGAAAAAAAAGAAAGUUUGGAGGCCAAAAGGGAGAGGAAGGCAGCCAAAACGUUGGCCAUAAUAACGGGAGCAUUCGUAAUGUGUUGGUUACCUUUUUUUAUUCUGGCCCUUGUAAUGCCCUUAUGUGGAAACGCUUGUACGAUAAGCGAAUUUAUUAUGAGUUUUGCUCUUUGGUUGGGUUAUUUCAAUUCGACGCUAAACCCUGUUAUUUACACCAUAUUUAACCCCGAAUUUCGCCAGGCGUUUAAAAGAAUACUAUGCGGAAGUCACCGCGCGCACAGCAGAAAUUUCAGAUCCGGAAAAGUUAGAUGUUCUGAAAUGAAUGAAAUGUUUCUGCAAAAUGAUAUAUAAGAACUUAUGUUGUCGGAUAAUAUCUUAUGAACAGAGGUUUAUUGUGUUCUAUAUAAGUUUGAAUUGCAAAAUUUCGAUUAUAAUAUUUUUAAGCCUUAUUAAAAUUGUUCAAUACAUUAAAUUUAAACCUCCUUUUCUAUGCUAUACAUGGUGAUUGUUAAAACUAUAUGAAAACAAAUUUAUUUGUAGGGUAGUGUUUAUGGAAAUAAAAAACUUUUGUGAAACAUUUGUGAACUUUGAAUAGUUUCUUUAAAUUUUUAUAUCAAACAUUUUGUCGUAAAUUAUCUUAACAUGCAAUAAAUAAUAAGUUUACAAACGGUUUGUUCUACCGUCUCGUGUAUAUUUUCGUCAAUUUCUCUUGGGUAUUCGGUCUCUCGAAAACAAUAAAUGCGAUUCUUCUAAAUAUUUGUUUAUGUUUCGAUCGUAAUUUCGAUCUUUUUCAAAAUAUUCUUAUUUUGUAUAGGUGACAUAUAUAACAGUUGAUAACAUUUGUUGUUGUGUUAGCAUAUUAAAAAUAAACAUAAUUUAUCAGCGAAUAUUUUACACGGAUUGGAAUGGCAUGCAAAGCAGGUUCGGAUGUUUUUAUUAGUAAAUAUAUUGGAUAAUUUAAUUUUGUUAGUUUAAAAUUGAAUGAUAUAUUUUUUCAAGGUCUUUAGAAUCAGUCUUGUAAUUAAUUGAUUUUUCGUU